AGAAUGGAACGGCUGUGGUUGUCUUUGCUGUUGCUGGCAGCAGCAUGCAGGGGACAGCCGUGUCCGAAACGCUGUAUGUGCCAGAGCCUCUCCCCGUCGCUCGCUAUCCUCUGCUCCAAGACAGGCCUGCUGUUCGUCCCUGCCGCCAUCGACCGACGCACCGUGGAGCUACGGCUUCAGGAGAACUUCAUCACAGCUGUCCGAAGAAAGGAUUUUGCCAACAUGACCAGCCUGCUCCACCUAACCCUGUCCAGGAACACCAUCAGUCAGAUCCUCCCUUCAGCGUUCAGUGACCUGCGUCGACUCAGAUCUCUCCACCUCGACUCUAAUAGAAUAACUGUGAUCCGGGAUGAGCAUUUCAAAGGCCUGACCAACCUUCGUCACUUAAUCCUGGCCAACAACCAGCUCAACUCCAUAUCUCCCCAUGCCUUUGAUGACUUCCUGUCCACAUUGGAGGACCUAGACCUCAGUUACAACAACCUUGCCCAGGUGCCAUGGGACACGAUUGGGCGCCUCACCAAUGUCAAUACCCUGAAUAUGGAUCAUAACCUCAUAGAAAACGUUCCCCAAGGCGUAUUCACCAACCUACACAAACUGGCCAGGCUUGACAUGACAUCCAAUAAAUUGAAGAAAAUUCCCCCCGAUCCAUUAUUCCUGAGAAUCCCAGUUUAUGCCAAGUCCAGAGGCUCCCCUCUCACCUCGCUGGUGUUGAGUUUUGGUGGUAACCCCCUUCACUGUAACUGUGAACUCCUGUGGCUGAGGAGACUUACCAGAGAAGAUGACCUCGAGACAUGCGCCUCUCCCUCUGACCUCAGUGCCAAAUAUUUCUGGACAAUACCUGAAGAGGAGUUUAUUUGUGACCCACCAGUUCUAACACGCAAGUCACCUCACACUGUGGCAAUGGAGGGCCAGCCUGCCAGUCUGAAGUGCAAAGCGAACGGCGACCCAGAGCCUGAGGUCCACUGGAUCAGCCCUGAAGGGAGACUUAUAUCUAAUGGCUCAAGGACGUUAGUUUUCCCAAAUGGAAGCCUGGAGAUCAAUGUGACAACCCUGAAGGAUUCAGGAAACUUUACUUGCAUCGCCUCGAACGCAGCAGGCGAGUCCACAGGACGGGUGGAGCUAGUUGUCACAGCCAUGCCUCAUCUCGCCAACAGCACAAGCCGCAGCCGGGACCCAUCCUCUGAACCUGCCCCCUCUGAUAUUCUCACCUCCUCUAAGGUGGCAUUGCCUAACAACGAGACAAGGGCGGCGGACCGGAGGGUCUCAUUGGUGGAACUGACAGGAAACUCUGCCCUCAUUAGAUGGAGCAGUCAGACGCCUACAUCUGGAGUCAGGAUGUUCCAGGUCCAGUACAACAGCUCUGGAGAUGACGCACUGGUUUAUAGGAUGAUCCCAUCGAGCAGCAACGACUUCCUGGUACGGGACCUCGCCGCCGGACGCAGCUAUGACCUCUGUGUCCUGGCUGUGUUUGAUGAUGUCGUGACAUCACUGACUGCAACACGACCUUUGGGCUGUCUGUCGUUCACUACAGACACAGAGUUCAGCCAGUGUCAAGCACUGCACAGCCACCUCCUGGGUGGAACUAUGAUCAUCAUCAUUGGGGGAAUUAUUGUUGCUUCUGUGCUGGUCUUCAUCAUCAUCUUGAUGAUACGAUACAAGGUUUACAGCCACCAAGGAGCAGGCCACGGAAAAGCAGCCAUUGCUGCAACUGCAACGAGACCGCAGAGCAACGGACAAGGAGGAAGUGGACAAGUCCAAGUCUUUCCUCACUCUGCUUCUAAAAUUACUGAGAGUCAGGAUGACCAAGCACUUUCGCCGUCCAGAGCCAUGUCGCCUAGCAACACCCUGAGAGACACUGUGGCACUGGUAGAGGAGGAGAGCAGUGGACGGAGCAUCAUGACAAGGACUGACUCCCUGGCCAAUGAGGAGCUGCUCUCGCCCACAAAGGCCCGCUUCUCCGCCAGGGUCGCCAUUGAGAUGAAAAGUAGACCGCCAUCUGUCGCCAAAGAGUCCACCUCCCCCAAGGAACCGGCAGGUAGUGGAGACAUAGAUAGGGAGGAUGAGAUUUACAGAGUGGAGGCAAGGGGCACAACAAGGAGGAAACACUUCAGAGAGGUGGAGAGAUAG